AUGAAUGCUAUACAGAAAAUCAAUAAGAUCAACCAGAAGGAGCUAGAAAACAAUGUCAGCGACUCUGCUUCUUGGCAUGCUGAUUACAAGGAUACAUCAUACAUAUAUAUUGGUUUCUUACCAUUCGAUUUAAAUGAAAUGGAUAUUGUUAAAAUAUUUUCCCAGUACGGUAUACCAACACAUAUAAACUUAAUCAAAGAUAAAGAAACUGGUAAGUCUCGUGGAUUUUGUUAUUUGAAGUAUGAGGAUUAUAGAUCGUGCGUGUUAGCUAUAGACAACUUCAAUGGUAUACAAUUGCGAGAUAAAAAGAUUAAAGUUGACCAUGUCUACUAUUAUUUGAAAGAUGGACAAGAUGAGCAUGAUUUCAUUAUUGAUUACACUAAGGCUGAGCGAGAAUUAAAGGAAAUUGAAGAUGACUCAAAGAAUAAGGAAACCAGGCUAAUUGAAGGUAAACAUGCGCCAGAAGAUCCUAUGGCAGAAUAUGUGAAGAGCAAAGAGGACGGUGAGUUUGUUGAUCCAAUGGCAAGCUAUCUCAAAAAUAAAGGAGAUGAUGAUGAUGAAUUUAUAGAUCCAAUGGCGGCGUAUAUUGAAAGCAAUGAGGGUAAGCGUAGAAGCGACAGCCAUAGACGUAGGCACAGACAUAGAAGAGAAAGAAGCAGAGAUAGGAGUUCGAGGGACAAGAGCCCGUCGAGGCGAAGACAUAGAGACAAGAGCUCAUCCAGUAGAAAUCAUAAAGAUAAGAGCCCAUCAAGCCGAACCAAUAGAGAAAAAAGUUCAACAAGUCAUCGAAAUAGAGACAGGAGCCUGGUAGAUGACAGGGAAAUACAAAAGACUCAAAAUAAUCAAUAG